AUGUAUCUCUUCCUCCUUGGCCUGCUCGCCGUCACAGCCGCGCAGAAUUGCGAAGACCUUGUCGAUUUCUGCGACGCACUUCAGCCGAUCUGCAUCGGAAGCGUUAUCCAGUACCAGUUACAGGAGCUUCAAGCCAUGGCCGAUCAGAUAUCAAACAGUACUUCCCUCCCGGCGCUAGAAAGUUCACUGCCACUAGUGGGAUCGGAAAAUCCAAGUGGUUUACCGCUAGUCGGUUCGAACGCAAGCAGUGCUGAAUUGAAAGAACUCGAACAAGAAAUUAUCGAUUCGCUUCCAUUUCUAAAAGAGUCUUUGCCGCUGAUUCGUGAAUCACUGCCAUUGAUUCGCGAAUCUCUGCCUCUCAUUCGUCAACUGAUUGAUCCUACAUACUACAAUGGUGAUAAGACAACAUGCCAACAAAGAGCUACUUGCAAGAGUUGUCGUGAAUGUCCAAAACUUCGUGAAGCUAUAGCCGCUGUUGUGGAAACGAUUUGUCCGAAUACAUGUCGUGUUUGUGCUUCAGCACUUUCCACAACUCAUCAGAAUGCACGUGUUGUGUUUGUUGAGCCUUACGGGAACGCCGUCGACAGCUAUUCUAACAAUGAUUAUUUAACUUUACCUUCUUGGGAUUAUCAGUAUUCUCAACCAUUUUAUUCUGGUCCUGGUUCUCUUACUUUCACAUAUUCAACAUCUUCCACACCAUCCAGCUUCGUUCACGAUUCUCAGCUUUCGAGCCCUUCGGAGAGCAAUUAUGAUUAUGAAGAUGCCAAUCUGGAGCAGCAACAAAUCUAUGAAGAAAUAGUAAGAGAAUGUAACGAAAUCGAAUCAAGUCAGUCUCCAUCUUCUUCAUGCUCAUCCUUCAACACGUCUGAGUCCAUUUGCUCCUCAUUAUCGCCGAAGCCUUCAAGUGGAUAUUCUGCAUGGAGUCCCGAAAAGAAAGAACGAAAAAAGGCACAAAAUCGAAGUUCUGCUCUGAGAUAUCGUGUAAAGAAGAAGAAAGAAAAGGAAAAGAAGCUGGAUAUCAUCAGUGGCCUUCGUAAAAGAAAUAGCGAGCUAAAAUCAAAAGUCGAUGAAGUCAAAAAUGAGAUUGCUAUUCUGAAGAAGCUCAUGGCAGAGCUGCGCAUGCUUCCCGGAUAGACAAUGCCACUCUUGGGAUUUUUCAUAAUUUUUUCUUAUCAUGUAUGUGUAUAUUUCACUAUCUUCUAUUCUUUAUGCUUCGACGGCGUUCCAUUUCUUGCAUUAUUUAUUCUUUGUUCGACUGAAAGGGAAAUGGUGACUUCAAAAGGUUGUAUGAUAAAUAUUUUUUUACC